AUUCCAACAUGGCAACAUACGAUGACACGUUGAUGGACGAAUUCGACCAGCCAGAGGCAACAUCUACACGUGCAAGCAUUGCCUCAAUGAAGCACACUCUAAUGGACGAGUUCGAUGUGCCAGCGACACCCGCCACCUCAUUCGUUUCCUCCACUCCGAUGCGGUAUCCUUCAUUACGUGAUACCCCUCCGACAGUUCAACCGACGCCGUGUCCUCCACCCUUCCGACACUCAGCGUCGGCCUCGUCAUCGGCAUCACCCAUUCUCACAACUGGUUCAUCGUUGUACCCAUCGAUUCCGGCGCCGUCUGCCGUUCCAAAGUACCCGUCGUUUCAUGCCUACAGUACUUGCUAUUCACCCCAUAUUGUUGUCAUCGUGUCAAUAUUUAGGUCCUCCCACUGCUACAACUGCCACUUACGCCACUCCAAUAUCCGACACCUGCACAGCAUUCUCUGCUGCCCUUCCUGCGAUGGCCGUAGCAGAUGCCUCAGUACCCACAGCCUCUUCCUCGUGCUUUCCCACCCAUGCACCACUGGUGCCUCCGGUCGUCCUAGACGGCAGCUGCUCCCAUUAUGCGUCACCACCCUCAUCUCCGUCCUCCAGUCGCAUUCUAGAUCUUCCACCUUCUUCCCAGCCCUCGCCCCGAGCUAUGGCCGACGCCCUCAAAGUUGUGCAUGAUCUUGAAGUGGACGAAGCCAUAGAUGUCCAGCAUGAGUUGCAAACGAUGCAGUCGGUCAUGCACCACAUCGAUCUCGCCCUGCGAGGAGAGACACCCCACCAAAUCGCCCAACGGGAAACCCGCGAGGCCGCGCGACAAGAGCGGGAGCGCCAGCGCAUGGAGCGUCAACUGGCGCAGCACGAACAGCAUGUCCAGCGCCUCGCUUCCCGCCUCGCCAAGCAGCCUUCCAACGUCGUUCCGUAGCCAGACGCAGUGAACGAUAUCAACCACACUAGCCGACCACUCGUACGGAUAAAACACGGUAGCCUAUACAUGCUACUUCCAAGCUGGCCAGCUUACCAUAGUUUUACAAUACAGUUUCUUCGCUGAUUUCAUUCGCGCUAGCCAGCGAGCAAUGGUACUGUAGCCAAAAGCAGUGAACCGGUUGGGUGUCGAUGUACUAGCUGUUCAUUCGAAGCUCGUGAGCCGGUUCUGUAGCCAGAAGCUGUGAAAACGAGGCAAAAUCUAGGCUAGCCGGCUACCACACGUCGGCAGCAACGGUAUUGGGAUUCCCAACCAACCACCACCACCAUGGCGAUCUCGUUGGAUCUCUUAAUAUAUACUGUACUACUA